GCCGCCUGAGCGCGGGGAGCGGGGCCAUGGCCGAGGCCGUGCGACCCCCGCGCCGCGCCCGCUCCCGCCCCAAGGAAAAAAAGAAAAGAAGUAAUGAGGAGCCCCAGGUACAAGAGCCUGAUGAUGUUUUCCUGCCUCCUGUGGCAGAAGGGUCUUCUCAAGCCGUGAGAGUGCAAGUGGAACAUACUGCAGAAUUCACAGAAAUUCAGCUCAGAGAUGAAGUAGAAAAUAGAAGAACUGUAACUGAUGUGUCUGACACCCCCCAAAAUAAUUUAUCCUCAGCAAAUGAAGGGGCUCUGGCAGUGGCUCUGGAGCCUCCCAAAGGUGCAGAAGAGGUCAAAGCUGAUUCUUCCCAGGAGGAAUGUGUGGGGGGCGUUGAGAAGAGCGAGUUGGACAAACCCCAGAGCCCUGUGGAGGCAGGUGCUAGUGGAUCUAGAAAUCCUGACUUACUGAGCAGUACCUUUCAGUCCAGUACUGCUCCCCCUCUGUCAGUGAUGGGCUUUGUGCAGGGCAGAAGAGCUGAAAACCGACCAGACUUCAGAGAUCCUCUCUCCUGCUCUUCAGAGAAGCUUCCCCCCAGCGCCGAGAAGUGCAAGGCGCGCGUUCCGCGGCCCGUGUACCCAGACCUGUCCCUGGAGCUGUCCUACGAGAGGCCCACCAUCGUGGCAGUGAAGCCCCUGCUGCACCACGAGAGGCUGUACCCAGAGCUGCCCUCCGAGCCAGAGCUGGUGCCUUUCACCAGGGAGCAGCUGAAGAUCUUUGAGCCCUGCUCCUGGCUGGAGAACGUCGACUCCUACGCCGAGGAGUUCGAGAGCGUGGCUCACCAGGACAGGCACGAGUUCUACGAGCUGCUCCUGAACUACAUGCGCUGCAGGAAGCAGCUGCUCUUGGCUGAGGCAGAGCUGCAGGCCAUGGCAACGGACUGCCAAAAUGUGAAGGGGAGAUUAUGGACUUUCAAGGAACAGCAGAAAACUGUGCAGGGAGUGUGUGCAGAUCAGUGCAAGGUGACAGGCCACCACCGCUUCCAGACAGUGGAGCUGAAUGAGGGCGUGCUGGGGGAGCUGAAGAAGCUCUUUGAGGCCAAAGCAGAGCACGUGCACCAGACGCUGGCGCUGCACUCGUACACCUCGGUGCUGUCCCGCUUGCAGGUGGAGUCCUAUGUUUACAGGCUGCUCAGCAGCUCGUCCCUGCUGAGAUCCGUGGCCCUGCAGCAGCAGGAGCAAGUUUCAAAGCAGUCAGAAAAUCUGUCUUCAGACCUGAGCCAUCUGAAGGAAUGUAUCAGUGUCCUUUUCAGCUUCACUCGCAGGGUUAUUGAAGAUCCUCAGUUUCACAGUGACCUUCUCAUGUGGCUGCAGAGACUGGUGUCUGUGCUGCAGAGAAUUGGCUGUCCAGGUGACCACCUCUUCCUCUUCAACCACAUCCUUCGGUGUCCAGCUGGCAUCAGCGAGUGGGCUUGUCCAUUCAUCCAGAUCAAAGUCUUGGGUAACCCAUCGGGUGUCUUUCAUUUCAUGCAAUCUCUUGCCUUGCUUAUGUCUCCUGUCAAAAAUCGUGUGGACUUCAUGUGCCAUAUGAAACCAAGUGAAAGGAAAAGUUCCUCUUCUUCUGGGAAGGAAUCUGGGAACUGGACUCUGGUAGAUGAAGGAGGAGAGGAGGAUGAGGAUCCUGAAACAAGCUGGAUUCUGCUCUUGGAAGAUGACUUGAUUGCUCUGUUGUCACAGUUCCCAUUUCACGAGCUCUUUCAGCAGUUCCUCGGGUUUACAUCUGAAGGUGCUUAUUUUCCUGAAAAAACAUCUCCCCAGAAGAUGAUGAAGAUUUUUGCCUUUGCAAACUCCUUAGUGGAACUUCUGUCUGUGGGAUUAGAAACGUUUAACAGAGCACGGUACCGGCAGUUUGUGAAGAGAAUUGGUCAGCUCAUCAAGAUGACACUGUGUCAUGUGAGUGACCACUGGGCCCAGUAUGUUAGUGGCAAUAAACAAUAUGGAUCAGUAGAACACCCCUACUCUGUGGAAAAAUUGCAGCUGGAGUUUGAUGAGCUGUUUUUUAGAGCUGUUCUACAUGUUCUGAAGGCAAAAAGGUUGGGAGUCUGGCUGUUCAUGUCUGAGAUGCCUUAUGGAACCUUGUCCAGCAGCAUGCUUUGGAGGCUCUUCUUUGUCAUGCACUGUGCUGAGAACGAGCACCUGGAGCAGCUCUGCUCUACUCUUCAACCCGCUGACUACAAGCAGAGACUCAAAGAUCCAGAGCACCUUGCACAGUUUGAGAAGUAUCUCCAGUCAAUGAACUGCUCAGAAGAAAUUUGUCUGCUCACCACAUUUGCUCAGAUGGCACAAACCAAACGGGCUGAUGUUGAUGAGGAUUUUAUCAAAAUUGUUGUUUUGGAGAUAUAUGAGGUGUCCUAUGUUAGUCUUUCCACAAGGGAGACGUUCUCCAAGGUUGGUCGGGAGCUCUUGGGAGCCAUUGCCAGCAUCCACACACAGAUCAUUUCUGUGCUGCUGGAUCGGAUUAGAGAGACCAUUGAGAAGGUGGGGAUGGUUUCUUUAUAUCUGUUUAAAGAACUGCCCCUGUACCUGUGGAAGCCUUCUUCAUCCGAGAUAGCCCUGAUCCGUGACUGGUUGUUGAACUACAGCCUGACAGCAGUGGAGAAUAAACUGGCUUGCAUUAUCUUGGAAGGGCUGAACUGGGGGCUUGGUGAGCAUCAGAAUACUCUUCACCUGGAUCCAGCUGUCCAUUCUGAAGUUGCAUUGAUGGUCCUGGAAGCAUAUCAGAAAUAUCUCUCCCAAAAACCAUAUGCUGGGCUGCUUUCUGAAAGCAUAAAACAGGUCUCCUACCUGGCCAGCAUCGUUCGCUACGGGGAGACCCCAGAGACCUCCUUCAAUCAGUGGGCCUGGAGUUUGGUUCUGAGGCUGAAGCUGCACAGGAAUGACCGUGGGGUGCAGCAGAGCGGGCUGGCCGCUGUCCCCGCGUGCGACGCCGCGCUGGACGCGGCCGAGGCGGUCACGCUGCACCCCCUGCUCAAGGCUGUCAAGGCAAACGUCCCCAUCGGCUGCUACCUGGCACUGGCAAUGACCACCCUGGGACACAGCAUCGAGAAAUUCUGUGCUGAAGGGAUCCCUCUUUUGGGUGUACUAGUCCAGUCUCAACAUCUGAGAACAGUAGUCCAUGUGCUGGAUAAAAUUUUACCCUUGUUUUACUCUUGCCAGUAUUACCUCCUGAAGAAUGAACAGUUUUUAUCUUAUGUGGAACUGUUCCUUCAUCUGGACAGUGGAGUCCCUCAAGGGGUGACCCAGCAGGUUACCCACAAAGUGACACAGCACUUGACAGGAGUGAACUAUGGAGAAAAUGUUAAGCUGCUCAGUAGUAUGAUACAGACUCACAUUUUCCUGAGUGACCGCCCGAAUGGAGUGGGGCCAGCUGCAGUCCUGGAGUUCUGGGUGCAGGUGCUCACCAGCCAGCAGCUGUGGCACAGGGACAGGGCCACGCUCUGCCUGCUGGAUGACUUGUGCAAAGCUGCCUUCCAGUACAGCCAGGAGGACUGUGUGCAAAAGCUGCUUUACCAGCAGCACAAGAAUGCUUUGGGCUAUCACUGUGACAAGGGAAUGCUGUCUUCACUGGUCAGCUGGAUCGUGGCAGGCAAUGUCACACCAUCCUUUGUGGAGAGCAGUGCCAACUCCUCUCAGGUCUGGUUUGCAUGGACAGUGUUAAAUAUGGAAUCAAUAUUUGAAGAAGAUUCACAGCUUCGCAGAGUUGUGGAGGGGGAGCUGGUUAUCAAUGCUUUAACUCCUGAUCAGGCUUUGAAGAAAGCCCAGGCCCAGCUGAAGCUGCCCAUCGUCCCGUCCCUCCAGAGGCUCAUGAUUUACCGCUGGGCUCACCAGGCCCUUGCUACCCCUGCAGAUCACCCUCUCAUGCCACUGGUCUGGCAGAAAUUCUUCCUCCUGUACCUUCACCGACCAGGACCACAGUAUGGAUUACCUGUAGAUGGCUGUAUUGGAAGACGCUUUUUUCAGAGUGCAGCUCAUGUUAGCUUGCUCAAUGAGAUGAAGCAGCGGCUGACAGAGGUGGCAGACUUCCACCACGCUGCCAGUAAAGCCCUGAGAGUGGAGAGUCCUGAGGGCACUGACAGGUCACCAGAGAAGGCCAGCUGCUCACCUGAUUACCUGACUUCACCUGAGCUGCAUAAGGAACUUGUCAGGCUUUGUAAUGUUUUAAUUUUGUGGUUGGAAGAAGAGAGUUUCCAGAAAGGAGAUACAUACAUUCCCUCUUUACCAAAGCAGUAUGAUGCACAUAGACUUGCUAAAGUCAUGCAGAAUCAACAGGAUCUGUGGAUGGAAUAUGUCAAUGUGGAACUCAUUCACCAUGAGUUUCAGGAAGCUCUGAACCUUUGGCUGCAGGUUCAGCUUGAAUCACAUCCAACCUGUACUUCUGCAGGGGAAACAGAUUUCACCAACCCUUUGUCAGCCAAAGUGAGGAUCAUGAAUAAUUUGAAGAAGCUUGACACUCCCAAGCCCCCUCUGCCUCUGCAGACGAUGAAAGCUCCCGUGCCAGUGAUUUCCUCGGCCACCCUGGUGAGCCAGAGGGACGCGAUCCAGCUCCUGCGCCGGGACCUGAACACCUUGCAGCAGCACGCCAAAACUGCAGCUCUCUGGGAGUCUCAGCAUGUUGCUCUGAACAGUGAGAUCCUGGACACGGUGCCCAAGCUGUAUGUCAACAGGGAGGAGCAGAUCACUCUCCACCUGGAGUGCCGGGGAACUUCAAAUAAAGGCUGCCAGGGAGCAGCCCAGCUCACCAUCCAGUUUGAAGGGAAGCACAAAAAUGAAGCAGUGAGCCAGCAGCUUCAUGCUUUGCGUAAAGAAGUGAGGCAGCUGCAGGCAGAAGCCAUGAAGCCACCUUCCCUGGGUGUUGUGGAAGCAGCUGUGCACGUGGAGAAUUUCAUAACGGCUCUGAUAAAUAUCUACAAGGUGCAGCCUAUGCCUGCAAUCAAGAAAGUUGGAAUUGGUUUGUUUUUUACGCUGGUAGAAUAUGUGUGUGAUGAAACUCAACGUAAUCCUCCCACAAGGCAGUUCUUCACAUCCUGCAUUGAGAUUCUGGGCCAAGUGUUCAUCAGUGGGACCAAAUCAGAGUGCAAGCGUCUGCUCCAGACCAUCCUGCACAACCGGAGGCUCUGUACUCUCCUCUCUCCUUACUUCACUCCUGUAGCCUCUCCCAGUGAAUUUGUGACUUUGUACGAAAAGGUUGUGGCCUUUCUGAGUGAGGAUAACAGCGACGUUGUCUUCAUGCUGCUGACAAAGUUUGACCUGACGCAGUGGUUGAGUGUGGCCAAGCCGCCUCUCGCAGAGCGCACCCAGCUCCUGGAGUCCAUUCACCUGGCCCUCAAUGCAUGUGGCCUGGAACCUGAAGAAGAUAUUUUGAUGCCAUUUAAUAUCUUCUGCAAGCAUUGGACUAACCUUCUCCAGUAUCAGUUCCCUGACCACUACAGUGAUUUCUUAAGGUUGUUCGUGCAAAGCUCGUCAGAGCAGCUUCUAAGCCCUGACUGUUGGAAGGCAUCACUUCAGGCUUUGGGGUGUGAUUCCGCAGUGGCUGAGCAGGGCAGUUUCAAGAAAAGUGAUUCUGCUGAGGGUCCUGUGGUGAGGGAUGCUGCAAAAACUCUGCUCUCCACAGAACAGGUCAGAGAGACAAUAGAAUGGCUUUCUACAUCCUUCUGCAAGCUCCGGCUGGCCUCGGUGGACUUCAGGACUUUUGGCCUGUUUUCAAAAUGGACUCCUUAUGUGGCUGCAGUGAACACGUUCCUGGAGUACCUCAUUAAACGACUGAUUGACACUGAAGUUGCUAAUGUAGCCCAAGAGCCUGUUGGCAGUAGCAGAAUUUUAGCAGCAUUGCAGUCCUUGUACUCAGUCAUUGCUGGACUCUUUAAACCAUGGAUACUGGUCCUGGAGAAAGAAGAUGCAAGUAGCCAGCCCUGCUACCCUUGGCUGGAGAGUGACACUCCUGUAGCCUCCACCGUCGUCAGUCUGUUUGCAGAUUGCAUCAAGCUUUUGCAUGAGAGCUUCAAAGAAAAGCUGUUGCCAAGCCACCAUGGGGCUCUCUGGUUACACCUAAUGCAUUACUGUGAGUGUUGCACAGCCCCCAAAAUGCCAGAGUUUAUUCUCUAUGCUUUCCACACUGAGUUCAGAAGGCUUCCAUGGAAGGAAAUGCAUCCAGACCAGAUGCUUAUGGAGGAGUUCUUUAAAAUCGAAAGAGGCAGCCCCAAGAGUUGUUUCUUGUUCUUGGGUUAUGUUUUAUGUGAAGUAAACUGGGUCAGUGUCCUCUCUGAUGCCUGGAAUCCCAACCCUCACCCUCAGACCCACAGCAUGAUUGUCUGCUUGCUGUACAUGAUGGUCCUGCUGGCAAAGGAGGAACAGCUCAUAGGCGAAGAGGAAUCUCCACUCAUAAAGCUUCUUGGACAGACCAGCUCCCUUCCUUGGCAGCUUGUGGGCAUUUCAUCCUAUGAAAGCAUCAUCAGCUACUGCAACAGUCACUACCCUCCCUCUGUUAUCCUUGCUAAGGAUGCUGGAGCUGAACUGAUCAUGAAGCUCCUGAAAAUCUCAGCUGGCUUUGGGGCAUCUUCAGAUAGUCACAUCCACCUUGAUGCAACUCUGAAGUGCCGAGUGUACAUUCGUCAGGUGGUUCAGUUCCUCAGCACCUUAGAACAAAGUGGAAAGAUAACCCUUGCAGUUUUGGAGCAAGAAAUGGCUAAGUUGCUAGAUGAUGUAGUCAUCUUUAAUCCCCCAGACAUGGACCUGCAGACGCGCCACCUGGCCCUCAGCAGCCUGUUCACGGAGACGCUGAUGAUGCUCAACAACUCGAGCAUCACCACGGCUGAGUCGCUGCGGGGCAGCCUGCGGCGCUGGAUCGAGGGCAGGGUGCAGGGGCUGCUGGCCAUGCCCCUCCUCACAGCCGCCUGCCACAGCCUGGCCUCCGUGCGCCACAUGGCCGAGACCACCGAGGCCUGCAUCACCUCCUACUUCAGCCACGAUUCCCCUCACCACCAGGAGUUGGGCUGGGGCCCAAUACUUGCUUCCCUCCAAGUUCCUGAGCUAACCAUGGAAGAAUUCCUGCAGGAGUGCCUGUCCUUAGGGAGUUACCUGACCCUCUAUGUGUACCUGCUGCAAUGCCUGAACACUGACCAAACCCUUACCAAUGAAAUGAAGAUCCUGCUGACCAUCAGCAAAUGGCUGGAGCAGGUGUACCCCAGCUCAGCAAAGGAAGAGGCAAAGCUGUUUCUGUGGUGGCACAAAGCCAUGCAGCUGUCCUUGGUGCAGCUGGAGCAGGAUGACCCCGUGCUGAUUGAAUCUGUCAUCUGGACCCUGCUGUCCAUCCAGGCCCGGCAGAGCCAGCUGGCUGAGGAGAGGCUCACUUCUGGAAUACUUGGUGCUAUUGGGCUGGGCAGGAGGUCUCCUCUGUCACCCAGGUUCCGCGUGGUUGCGCGCAGUUUGUCCGCCUUCCUGCUGGUGCAGAUCCCUGCCGAGAGCCAGGUGCGCCUCAGGGCCGGCUCGGAGCCCAGGCUCUCUCAGAAGGCUCAGCAGGCACUGAGUGCUCUCGAAGCCAUGUCAUCCAACAAACAAUACAUGGAUUACCAGGAGCAGCUCUCCCAGGCCUGUGUGUUCAUCAAGCACCCUGAGCACUGCCUUCAGGAUGGCAAUAACCUCCUGUCCCUGCUGGUGAACACGCUGUACCCAGAAGUGCAUUUUUUGGACAGCAUUCGGUAGCAGCGCCGGGUGGGCAGUGGCUCUGGUUUACAAACAGUGUCCUUAUUGCACAAAUGAUUUUUACCUUCAGAGUUCCACUUUAAUUAAGUCAGACCUGCGAAUAAGAACAACUACACAGUGUCAGUUUUCUCCACUUCAAGAUUUUCUUGCUUUCCAUUUGAGUUUUAGGCCUGUGGAAUUGCUUAAUGGUUUGCAGUUUGGGGGGGGAGGUUGUUGUUUUGUUUUUGGGUUUUUUUUUUUUUGACUGAAAGCACUUGAAUAUCUUCUGUGUGUGGUGCCCUUUGGAGAGAAGGGUGCCUGGGGAUAGGUGUACAAAUCACUAGUCAGCACAGCUCACUGUAGUGUCUGAAGUUUUUGCUUGGUGCCUUUUUUUAUUUUCCAGUGUGUCAUCAUUCAGGCCAGUUCAAAAAUGAGCGGAGGAUUGUGUGUACAAGAGGUUUGACUUUCUUAACCAGGAUCCCUCUGAGUCUUACCUGAUGAGUGUGUGUCUAGCGAUUUUUGUGAAAUCCCUGUAUUUGAAAGGAUGGUAUUUUAAAUCUUGACUUUUUUGCUAUCCCACAGAAAUCCAUAGUUUAGAGGCAUGCCUACAAUCUUUACCCACUUCUGUAAAUAUCAGCACAAAUGGGAACUAAGAACAUUGUUUUUUUCCUGUUUUCUAAACAUAGUGUGUCUGCAUCUAUAUUGCUUGAUUAAAUACAAGUAACUUCUAGCCAAGUUCAAGGGGAUUUAAAUCCAGAGACAUAUUUUCUGGAUCUCCAGUGUCUGAGAGGGGAGCAGUCAGUUAGGAUCAUGUUAAAGAGGAUUUCUUAAUUCCUUAGUCUGAUUGUUUAGGAAAUGUUUAACCACCACCACCACUUAAGCUUAUUUUCUUCUGCCUGGCUGGACAUGACAUAACAGAAUUUUAGAUGACACUGUGAAGAGGUAUUUUUGUUGUAUUAAAUUUGGUGAUCACUUGUUAAAAUUCUGUUGCCAAAGCAUGAACCAUGAGCCUGUAAAUCUGUUGUUUCAGCUGAAUGAUCACUGGUUUUGUUGCCUUGUCUGAUCAUAAGAUGCAGUUUUGUUCAGGAAAAGCAGAAGGCGAAUUUUUCCUGGUGCUUGUUUUGAUGUCCCUUUAAUCACUGGUGUGUUUGAGCUGGCCCAAGGUCCUGCAGUCCCAGUCCCUACGGCUCUGUGAAGGAACUGAUCACUUUUUCUCUUCCUCCAUUAAUUGUGCCUUUGUGUUUUUGACAUGGUUGCACGUUAAAACAUGAGUUCUGGUCAAUAGGGGAUAGAAAUGUGCUACCUACUGGUCAAUGAUGCUUUGAGCUGUUGCUCUUAAGCCAUGGUUCUGGUGCUAGAGGACAGAUCACCUUUUCCUUCUCAGCAGAUUCUGCUAAUUAAGCCAGCUGGGUCAUUAGAUCACCAUCAUUUCAAUGUGGUCUUAGAGUUCUUUGCUCUAUCUGCGAGCCUAUAAAUAAAUAUAUAUAUGUACAUCCCUCUGUAUAGUAACCAGAUACCAAUGCAGCAUGGUUUUUAACAGACUCUUUUGGAAAAUUCAUGUCUGGAGGAAUACAUUCUGCUGCUUUUCCCCCCAAAGACUUAAAAAGCACUGGGUUUAUUAGGUUAAAUGUUGUUGAUCAGUUGCAUAUAAAUGUGAAGAAGUCACAAGUACGUGUUUGACAUGCACUUUCGAAAUGAGGAAUUGUUUCAGCUGUUGAGUUUUUACAAAUGUUGUAUUUAUAACAUGCUCUGUCUGCAAAGACCCUGCAAAAUAAAAACGGAAAAUCAA